GCUUUCCGCCGCAUUCGCCGAUGAGAUACACACGAGCACGCGUGUCGCGUAUAUUAUUAUCCUUCCGAGUCGGUUCGUUCAACGAUAUAUAUACAUGCUAUAUAUAUACAUAUAUACACGCAUAUUGUAAUAUAAAUACGUUCGCAUAUAAAUAUAAAAAUAAUAAUACGUAGCUUCGGUGUUGUUUAAAUUUAUUUUUCUCGUGUAAUUUUCGUUUUUUACGUCUGUGUGCGUUAUAUUAUUCAUUUAUUUUAUUAAUUUUUAUUUAUUUUUUUUUUUUGUGUUUUUUUUUUUUUUCGAAUUCGCCCGAAACGGACGUGCCGAUGUGAAAUAUUCUAGUGCAGUUUGGUUUGGUGUUCUGUUCGGAUUAUCGGCAAUCGUCAUUGUCACUGUACACAGCCCGUGUGUCUCGAGUGUGCGUGUGAUUUCGUACAUGGUAUCGUUGCCUACGUCGUCGUCGUCGUCGUUGUCGUUGUGAUCGUGCGCGAGUGUGGUUCGACCGCGAUGUUUGCGUGAAGCACUCGGUUCUUCAUUUCCGCCGCCGCCGUUUUUUGGUGUGUGUGUGCGAGUGUGCUUGUGCGUGUGAGCAAGUGUGAUUUUUCCAUUCUCGAACCCGUUGGACCGCGGUGGAAUCGUGCGCGACCUGUGUGUUUGGGCGUGUUCCCGAAUGAUGAAGAGUUGGCGACAUAAUGGUUAGGGAGACUCGCCAUCUUUGGGUCGGAAACCUGCCGGACAAUAUACGCGAAGAAAAAAUACGCGAACACUUCAAGAGGUAUGGACGCGUGCAGAGCGUUAAAAUACUGGCGAGAACGAAGGAAGACUCGGUGCUGGGAGUCAGUGGCCUGUGCGCCACUGUGUCGUUCAUGGACAUCAAGUCCGCCUCAAAAGCUCAUAACGGGGACCAAAAGUUGGACGACAGGUCCCUCAGCACCGAGUACCACGAGCCCAACUCCAUACUACCGCCGGCCAGCCCAACCAUGCCGCCACACAUCUAUCCGGGCCCCACUAGGCAGUACAUCCACGGGUCUCCUCUAGAGGAACUAAGCAGCUUUGAACGUUCUAGUCAUUUUUACGAUCGUGAACGAGAGGCUAGCUACCGCGGACGACCAACCGCUGCCGCCUACCACGUUGUAUCGCCGAUUCAAGGAUCGACCGACCCGCUCCGAACUCGACCUCGUGAGAGGACCGUCUUCAGGGCGUACCCGCAUGAAAGCGUUGUCACUUCGAGUAGAGGUCAUCACCAUCGUGUAGGUAGCUGGGCUUUUGAAGCCAACAACCCAAGGUUCAAUCACCACCUAAGUAGUUGUAGUUCACCGGAUUUAACCUACCCGGAAGAUAGACGGGUAGAUCCACCUAUAAUAAUCGUCCGGAAUAAACAACACCUAAAACCCCCUAGUGAGUCUAGGGGUUGUAGUGAGGAUCGUUCUGGUUCACCCUCGAGCUCUAGUUCGGCUGCAAGUCAUUCAGAGGCAAGUAGUUCGUGUAGUUCAUCUUCAUCACCUAGCCCCACUCCACAGCUGCCACGCAGUCCUAGUCCAGGUCCCGCAUUAUCCGACAAGUCUUCUUCAAGCCAUAGCCUUCACGGUAGCUCGAAGAGCAGUACGGUUCCGUCCCACACCAUUUGCACACAGUCACCGAACUUAGAAAGUCAAACAUCUCUUUCACUUGAACAGCAGAGGCAUAAUGCAAUUUGUAUAAAAAAUUUACCUUUGAGGUCCAGUGAUACCAGUCUUAAAGAUGGUCUGUAUCAUGAAUACAAACGACACGGCAAAGUGACGUGUGUCAAAGUGGUGGGCCAAGGGUGCGAAAGGUACGCCUUGGUGUUCUUUAAAAAGACUGAAGAUGUUGAUAAAGCUUUACAAGUAUCUCACGACAAGUCGUUUUUUGGUUCUAAAAUUGAAGUUUCUUCAUACCAGGGACACAAAGAUGUGGAUGACAAUGAAAGCAGGCCGAUUGAAACAGAUGUGGAUGAGUUUCAUUCAAAAGCAACCAGAACUCUCUUCAUCGGUAACUUAAACAGCAAUACAAUAGCGGCUGAUUUAAGGAAAAAUUUUGAAACAUUUGGUGAAAUUAUUGAAAUUGAUAUUAAAAAAGGGAAUAAUAUCAAUGGCAGUACAACAGGCACAUAUGCAUUUGUCCAGUACAUUGAUAUAUCCAGUGUUGUAAAAGCUAUGCGUACAAUGGAUGGUGAAUUUCUGGCAGGAAGUCGUAUAAAUUUAGGUUUUGGAAAAUCUUUGGCGACUACAUGUGUUUGGAUUGACGGUGUUGCUGAAUCGGUCAGUGAAAAAUAUCUGGCAUCUCAUUUUAAUCAGUUUGGCAGUGUUACUCACUGUGUAAUUGACCGAACCAGAGAACAUGCUUUGGUGUUUUUUCAACAGAUUGCACAUGCACAGUUAGCUGUUACUCAAAUGCGUGGUUCCAUUAUGAAAGGUCGAAAACUUCAAGUUGAUUUUGCAUCUAGAGAGUGUCAGCAAGGAUUCUAUGAGCACCUAGAUAAGACAUCUAGUGAAUCUAGUCCUAGGUUCACUACGAGUCAACAACACGAUAGUACUGCGCAAUUAUCGCCUAGCAGUACAAAUGGUGUUGCUAUUCGAGGUUUUGAAACUCCAUCAUCUUCUUGCAGUAGUGCUGCUGGUGACAAAAGUUAUCCAAGGAAUCCUGAUGAACCACGUGUAAAUUCAAUUUCUGCUCCUAAUCCUCAAGAUAUACAUAACUUGCAAAAGGAACGUAGUCAUCUUUUGGAACAGCUUGAGGACUGCGGUAGUUCUGGCGAUGAAAUUCUGACUGAAUCGUCAAUAGCACAGCAAGUUAAAAGCCGUUCGGGCACACCUUUAUGUAAUGAACGUCCCCCAGAGAGUCUUACACCUCCGACUCAAGUUCCUAGAUCUCAUGUACCGAUCUCGUUGCCGUUGCCCAGAUUUGCUGUGCACGUCUCUAAUCCCCUGCUCAGCCCACCUCUAAGCUCCCCCAGAAGGCCUCAAUCGUCCAACUCGGAUGAUUCUCAAGCCUCUGAUCCUGGUGCGCCAGGUCUAGAAGAAAGAUUAAGAAGCCUAGAUGAAAAAUAUGAACAAUGGAGUGGUUCUAGAACAAGUGUACUAAAACUUGAUACAUCAGUUCGUCUUCGUUCAAGAUAUAAGUUGUUAGAUACUGUUGAUAAACUAGAACCUUCAGAUAUUGUCAAGUCAGUUCUUGCAAAACCAAGUGUUUUUGAUGAAGAUACCAAACGGCUUGAAAAUUUUUCUGAAAAAUAUAUACCUAAAGAGUUUGUACCAACUCGAACAAGCCCUAAUUUACAAAACUUCAGAAACCAACAAUUGGGUUCAUUUUCACCACUAACACCAUCGAGUAGUGGGUCAUCUAAAUCCCCCCCAGCUUCUUCUCCAGCAGCUAUUAAAACUCAAUAUUCUUUUCCAAGUCAUCCUCAACCUAUAAUAAUCACACAAAGUUGCAGAACUUCACCUACAGACCCCCGAUUGCCACCUACUGAUCCCAGGUUGGUAAUUGAUCCAAGAUUAUCUGCUGCUGAUCCUAGAUUAUCAGCCGAUUCAAGAGGAUCUUUUUUGACUAAACAAAAUAUCUGUACUAUAAAUGAUAAUAGGUAUGUUCCUGAUAUACUGAAUACUAAGGAUCCUCGACAUCCUAUACAUAAAGAUGCAGAAAUUAAAGAUGGACCUGAAGCAUUUUAUAGGAGUAAAAUUCGGGAUGAGUAUACCAAAAAUUGGUUGCAUACAUUUGACCGAAAAGAUAAUGAGCCAACCUAUAAAUUAGUUGACCUAUUUGAUCAUCGAAGGUUUAGUGACUUUAGAAAAGAAGAAGAGGAAAAGUUAAAAAUUGAACAAAUUAAUAAACAAAAACUCUUAGAUGGAUUUGUUGUAAAAAGAAAAUGUUCUAAUGACACCGUGGUUCAUCCUAGUCCAUACUUUGUUAGUGUUCAAGAAAAACAAAAAAGUAUUGAUGAUCUUAAAAAACUUACUGAACAUAAAAAAAUUGAAGAAAUCACAAAACGAGAAGAACGCAUCGAGAUAAAAAAAAUUACUGAAGAAAUUAAACCUCCUGAACCACCUCCAACAAUAAAUAAUAUUGAUGAAGAUAAAAUAGACUUCAUUACCAAUGAGAAUACUAUUGCGAAUAUUCUACUAUCUUCUAUUGAAAAUUUAAAUAGGAAGACUGAAACAGAUAAAACUAGAAAUAAAGUGGAAAGAACUAAUUCAAAUGAAUCUGUUAGUAAACUUUCUGAUACUGAGAAAAAGAAAGACGUUAUCAAUGAAUCAAUAAAAAAGAAAGAGCAUGAAAGAAAGAAGUCUAUUGAUUUUGACCAUACUAAAAUCAAAGAAAAGAAAGACCAUGAAUCUAAAAAGAUAUUAGGUUCUAAAUCUAAAGAAUGUGAAAGUGGCAAAAGUAAAGAACUUGAGUUUAACAUGUUUGAAAUUAAUCGAAUCAAUAAGAAAAAAGAAGAACUUUUGAUAAAUGGUAAAACAAAAGAUGUUGAAAAGAAAAAAGAUAUAAAGUUUGACAAAAAACCAGAAACUAAAAAAGAAGAUAAGAAAAAAGAUUUUCUUAAAGAAAUUGAUAAAAAGGAUGAUGUUGAUAAAUUAAAAGAGAAAAAGAAAGAAAAACGUGAUAAAGAUCCACCUAAGCACAAAGAAAGAAAAAAGAGCAUAGAUGAAAAUAAUAAACAUAAACAUGAAAACAGUAGUAAAAGAUCAAAAGAACAUUAUAAAAGUAAAGAAGAAGAAAAAGCACAUCAAAAUGUCACUCCUGAUUUUGAUGGGAAGUUUAAUGACGAUAAAGAUCCUAAAAAAGACAAAAGAGUGGAUAGAAACAGCAUUAGUAGUAAUAGUUCUACAGGGCGUUCAUCAAAAAGGAGAAUGAGUGAUAGCUCUGAAAAUCUUGAAGAUUCUAAAAGAUCAAAAAUAGAUAAUAAAAAUUUUAAAGAUAAAAAUCAUAAGAAAACUAAUGAAAAACAUAUUUCAUUCAUAUCAAAAAUUUUAGAUGGUAAAAACAAAGAACAGAAAAAAGAUCAUCACGAAAAAAAAUUGGAAAAGAAAAAAGAAGAGAGAAAAAUUAUCAAAACACCAAAUGAAACAGAAUCCGAAGAUGAAGACGAAGACGAAGAAGCUAGAGAAAGAAGAAAAAAUCAUUCUAUAUUUGAAGUGGUGUUAGAUGAACCAUAUGUUUCAAUGUAUGAUAAAGUAAAAGCCAGAUCUACCAAAAAUAUGCAAAAACAAGAAGAAGAGAAACGUCAAGAAAAACUCAAAGAAAAAUUCAGUCAAUUAAAGCAAAGUAGAGCAAAAAGAGAAGAAAAGAAGAGAUCUACAUCGUAUGAUGGUGAUUCAGAUUCUGACCGAGGUUUACGACGUUCAUCUAAAUUACUCAUUACCAGCUCAGAUGAUGACGAUGACUAUUUUCGGCGAAAAAAUCAAAGACCAGUUUCUGACUCAUCAGAAAAUGAUAGACCAAAAGUUCAACGAACUGUAUCAGACUCUUAUGAAAGUAAUAAUAAAAAUAAAACUCAAAGAGGAUCUGAUACUUAUGAAAAUGACAGACUUAAGGCUUUGAGAGUUGUAUCAGAUUCUUCUGAAAAUGAAAAAUUCAAGCAAUUAUCCAAAUUUAAGUCUCGAAUACAAUCUGAAUGUAGUGAUAGUGAUGAUCAUUUUGUUCGGAAAAGUUCAUUUACUUUUGAUCGAAUACAAAAUGAUAUUGACGUUCAAGGAUUUAAUGGACAUCAAAAGAAAAAGAAACAGAAAAAACAAAAAAGCGAAUAUUCAAGAAAAUCAAUUGAUAUCAACGGAUUAGAUAGUAAUCAUAGGCCUAACAAGGAGAAAAAGAAAAAGCAUUCAAUAAGUCAUAAAUCAAAUAUUAAUGAAAGAAUGCAAGAUAUUUUUGGAUCCUUAUCAGAUGAGGAUAAUGAAAAGACAAUUAUAAAUAAAUGGAGUGUAUCUGAUGUUUUUGGAACUGAUUCUGAUACUGAGCACGAACGUAAAGAAAAUAAACCAAAAAUGGAAAUUAAAAAGUUCAACGAGUUUGGUAAAGAUGUGUUAAAAUCACUAUCUCAUAAUGUAGAUGAAAUAGCUCGAAAGAAAAAGAAACGAAAGAAGGAUAAGGAAAGAAAUAAAGAAGAUCGAAGGGAAGAUCGAAAAGAAGAAAGAAGAGAUGAUCGUAAAGAAGAACGAAGGGAUGACCGUAGAGAAGACCGAAGGGAAUGUCAUCUAGAUCGUAAGGAAGAACGUAGAGAUGAUAGAAAAGAAAAAGAAGAACUAAGAAAAGAUGAACCCCGAAGAGAAGAUCGUAAAGAUGAACCUAAAAAAGAAGAACGAAAAGAUGAACCAAAGAAAGAAGAUCGAAAAGAUGAACCUAAAAAAGAAGAUCGAAAAGAUGAAUUAAGAAAGGAAGAUCGUAAAGAAGAACAACGAAGAGAAGAUCGUAAAGAUGAGCGCAAGGAAGAUCAGCGAAGAGAAGAUCGAAAAGACGAACGCAAGGAAGAGCAGCGAAGAGAAGACCGUAAGGAUGAAAGGAAAGAUGAUCGAAAAAUAGAAAUUAAAGAAGAACGAAAAGAAGAAAUAAAGAACGAUAAAAAAGAAAUUAAAAGUGACAAAGUAAUAAAUAUAACUCACGAAGAAAGAAAAGUGCCUAAAGAGGUGAAAAGUGACAAAGUAAUAAAUAUAACCCAUGAAGAAAGAAAAGUGCCAAAAGAAGUGAAAAGUGAUAAAUUAGUACAUACACCGCACGAAGAAAGAAAAGUGCCAAAAGAAAUUAAAAGCGACAGAUUAGUGAGUACACCACCCGAAGAAAGAAAAGUGUCUCGAGAGCCAAAACAUUAUGAAGAAAUAAAAGUAAUGGAUAAUCUUCAAAGUAUAAUUGAAUCGAAAAAGAAACCAAAAGAAUUCAUUGCUAAUAAUGUCAAUACAAUUACUCCAAAUAGAGAUGUAUUUUCUUCAUUUUUUGAUUUUGAUGACUCUAAAGGUCCAGAAGAUGAGACUAUUACUAUAUUCAAAGGAGAUGAUGACACUGUUAAGACUGAAGUAAUGUUCAGGAAAGUAGAUGAGAAAAAAGAACUAUUAUUUAGACCCAUUAACACAUUUGAACCUAUUAAAAGAGAAAUUAUUGGAUUUGGAUCUCACAUGGAUGAUGAAACUGCUGUUAAAAGUAUAUCUGAAACACCUGAGCCAUUAGUAGAAGAAGCUGACCCUGUAGAAAUUACAUCUCCAGAAGAAAAGUCAACCCCGGUUAUUUCUCAAGAAGAAACUGAAGGAGCUGUUGCAGCAUUACUUGAAGCGGCAUUUGGUCAAGAUUUUUGUGACUCUUCAUACUCUGAUAGAUCUGCCAAACCUGAUACUCCAGUAUCAGAUAGUGAACUACGGAUUGAUACAGAUGAUGAAGAUAGCACAGAUUCAAUUAUUGAUGAAUGUAAAAAUGAUGUACCAGAUUCUUCGGAAAAUGUAACUACUCCAAAUAAAACUGAUGAUGAAAUUGUAAAACCAGAUAAAAAUGAAAUUGUUAUUUGUACGGAAAAAAUAAUAGAAUCUGAAAAACCAGAAGAUGAUCCAAAGUCUAUAGAAAAACCUAAAUUAUCUGAACUUCAACAAGAUUCGCUAACACCUGAGCCUUUGGAUACUAAACCACAAUCACCUUUAAGUCACAACUUCAGAUUACCUCAAAUGGUCAUUCAACAAACUAGUAUAAGAACAUUAAAUAUUAAUUAUGCUAAACCAUUAACCGAAGUAAAACCACCCAUAAUACCAUCUCCAGAAAUUCCAGAGAUAGUUGCUGAAAGCAUUUCAAAACCUGAACCUAAGACUGAAGAUCACGUUUCUGUUGUAAAAUUUUCUACUUCUCAAAUACCAACAGUGAUUUGUCACGAACAAUCUGUUAUAUCAUGUGCACCAAUGUCAUUACCAAAACAAGAAUUUAGUCAAACAUCUGUUUUACAACAUACUAAAGAUACUCAAAUUGUUCAAAGUUGUAUAGUUUCACCUCCAAUUAUUUUACCUGAAAUUAAAAAACCUAACUUGGAUUCUAUAAAAGAAGAAAUAAUAGAAGUAGAAGAAGAAGAAGAAGAAGAGGUUGUUGAUGAACCAAAACUUUCUGAAGAGUUGCUAUCUAAUCAAGCAGCAACAAUAACAUUUGCAAAGAAAUCAAUAAUUCAUGAAGAAAAAUUAGAACCUAUAGAAAAUUCCACUUCAGUUUUAAAUCAUGAAGAAUCUUCAAAUCCUGUUGUUACACCUAUUGAAACUGAUGACAAAUUAAUGCCUAAGCAUCCAAAAGCAAAAGGUCUUGAACGCAUUGUUGAACAGAUAAAUGAAAAAAUGAGAGCUAAAGCUAACGAAACUGCAUUAAAUUUAACAAAAGAACCUAUAAUGAUGCCAUUGAAAAAGGCUUUGAUUGCAAAAGACAAAGAUGAAAAUAGGUCAGAUUGUAAAGUAGAUAUUGUAGAAGUUAAAUCUAAAAUAGUUGAAAUGGAGUCACCAGAAGAUUUGGUUGUGGCCCCAUUGACACCAAAAAUUGAAGAUAAAAAUGAAGUUUUUGCUAGUCCUGGUGAAAGUAGUUGUGAACCUAAAGAAUUGGAUACAGCUAGAAUUAAGAAGGAUGACGAGUUCACAAAAGAUAUGUCAAAAACUAUUGAUAGAGAUUCUUCAGUUAGAGGAAGACGAAGAGGUGGCAGAGGACGUGGAACUCGUGGAGCUCCUACUAUAGUUACUCCAAGAAGAACUCGACAAAAUAUUGUAACACCAAAUAUGCCUCCUCAAAAUACUUUAACUGACAUUUAUGAGUUUACGGAUGAAGAUGAAAAGGUCAGUCAAAAGUAUAGCAAAUCCCCAGAACCACCUAUAACAAGUGUAAUUCCAAAUAUUUCAUCAUCUCCUCCGACUGGUGCUUUGGUAAUAAGCACUUCUCCAUUGACCAGAAAGUCUAGAAGACUACAGGAAAAAGAUGGAAGUAAGAGUACCUUAGAAGAAACAAUUGAUGAAGUUGCUCGUGGUCCAUGUACUCGACGUACCACACGUUCAAAACCUCAAGCAAUACCUUUAUUAAGCUUAGAAACAUCUCCACGAAAAACUAAACAAAUUAAUGGAAAAAAAUUAAAAGCCGAGUCUCCGCAACCAGUUUCUAAAAUAGAAACUAUUGAAUCUCCGUUGUCUAAUGAUCAAGAUGACGAUAAAAAUCAGCUAUCAACUUCUUUAUUAUCAACAUCAUCAUCAUCAUCAUCUUCGACAACUUCAGAAACAACCACAUUAAUUGAUCCAGUUACAGGCUUACUUAUUCCAAUGCAAGAAUCUGAAGAAGGACAAUAUGUGCCUAUUGAUGAUGGAGAUAAUAAUAGGAAUAAAAGAUCAUUAUCAAAUGAACCACCUGAGAAAAAAGCUCGUCUUGAGAAAUUGCCAGUUACAUCAAUGGCAAUUUCCAAAAAUAGUACAACUAUACCAGCUUUGGCUGUUACACCAAAUAACAUCCUUCCAGCAACUACCACAACAUAUGCAGUUACUCCUGGAAUGUCCAAUGUGGCUAAGACACCUUGUGUUAUGACAAUUGCUAACUCUGCACCUGUUGGACUUGUUAAACCUAAUAUUACAGCUUCUGUGAUAGCUCCUACAAAUAUUGUAAAGUCUACUGCCGUCAUGUCUCCUUCACCACCACCACUUAAGACACAACCAAACGUUCUAAAUAAAGCAUCUAAUCCUGUAAUUAGUCAGCAGCCAACAUGCAAACCUUCAAUUCCAAUUUCUACAAUGCCACCGCCAAUAAAAUCUCAUUUAACUGCCAUUAGUCGUACUCCUCCAUUACCUAAAUUAUUAUCACCAAAAGGACAUAUAGUACAAGCAUAUACAUCACAGUCAAUGGAAGCAGUGAAUCAGAAUUCUAUAAUACAUCCUCCUCCAACAACUCAGUCUUCACAACCAUUGUUGAUAAACACUCCAGGUAUUAUGAGUCCACCACUAAGAGGAGUGCUAAACUCGCCAUCAAGAAGUGUGUUAAGCCCUCCAUCAAGAGGAUUAUUGAGUCCACCUUCAAGAGCUGUUGUUCCUCCAACAUCUCAGCCUACCCCAUCUUCACACAGUUCAUCAGCUGUACCUGAUAUUAUUUGUCCAAAAGGAUUUGAUCCUUCUAAAAUGGAAAAUUCGAGGUGCAUUGUUAUGAGGAGUCCAUCACCACUUGUGUUGUCAGGCCAACCAAUGUCAUUUGAAGCUGGUAUUGACUCAGCCCCUAUGAAUAUGGUUCCAGCUCAUCAUUUCUUACAUCCACAACUUAUUUAUCCACAUUACAUCAGAGAUUCAAUGGGAGCCUUUAUUCCACCUAGAAACAUGAAAGUAGUACCAGAAAUUGAAGAAAAUAUUCCACCAUUAGAAUUGCGCAAAAGGCUUCCUGAUGAAUGCAUUACAGACAGACUGCAACAUAAUAUUGGUGGAACCCAGCAAUAUAUAAACGUUCAACAAGUAGCUCAUCCAAUUGGUAGUCUGCCAUAUGGACAAGUUGUACCAAUUAACUAUGGUUAUCGGCCUAUUAAUUCCAUAUUAAAGAACUAUCCUAUUUAUUGGCAAGGAACAUUAGCACUCAAGAAUGAUAAAGCACUCGUAGAAAUGCAUUAUUUGUUUGGGAAUGCAGCUGUUGCUGAACAUUCAUUACAACGUAAUAUUGAUGGUGAACUGAAGUUAUCCCAACGUAUGCGAUUAGAACAAACCCAAUUAGAUGGUGUUUCACGUAAGAUGCAGAUUGAAGAUGAAUGUUGUGUAUUAAUUGCUGUGCCAAUUGGUAUGAGUGAAGAAGAAUGGAAUCAACAAAGUUGCACGUUGCAUAAUGGUUUUAUAACAUAUUUACAACAAAAGCAAGCUGCAGGAAUUAUCAACAUCACAGCACCUGGAAGCACUCAGAAUGCUUACAUAGUGCACAUGUUCCCGCCUUGUGAUUAUAUAAAUAGUGUCCUAGCUACAGUCCACCCUGCAAUGGUGAAACAAAUAGCAUCUAUGGCCCAUCUAAUUAUUGUCAUAGCCACCGUGUAAAUAUUCUAUAAUGAGUACAAAUUUCAUAUUUCUUCUAGCGCAUUAGGUGCACAAAGUAUAUAUAUUAUAUAGCUAAUGAAAAAAUUCAUUAAACAAACCUAAUGAUAAUUGUUAACAGUUUUUAUUAUUAUUAUUAUUAUUAUUAUUACGAUUAUUAAUUAUUAUUAUUAUUAUUAUUAUUAUUUUUUACGCAUUAACAAUUUGUUAUUGGAAUAUAAUGCUAAUGAUUUCAAAUUGGUUACCAUAAUUUAAGAAGUUUUCAUAUUUAAAUUAAGAAAAUGUAAAGACGAAUAAUCACUGUACAAAUUUAGGAGUGAAAAAAAUUGUUUUUUAUUUAAAAAUUUUUGUUAUUUAUUUUUCAAAAAUUCUAACUUUUUUUUAUCUCAAUUUUUUUUAUUAUUAUUUUUAUUAUUUAUUUGUAGUAAUAAGCUGUAGACAUUAAAUAUUUACUUUAAUGUAGACAUAUUGUUGAUAUAAUUUAAACAGCCAAAUGUUAAUACGUGUUUAUCGUAAUUAAAUGAAUAAUUUUAAAAUUGACAGUAUUAUUUGGUAAAAUGUUUUAUGUACUUAUGUAGAAAAUUGUUUCAUGUAAGAGUUUCAAUUUUUAACAUAUUAAAUAUAUAAAGAUGCUUGUAAAAAAAAAUAUAAAAAAAAAAAAUAAUAAAAAAUAAGAACAUACAAUAAUUUAUUAUUAUAUAUAUAAUAUGAGAAAUCGAAAAAUUAAUCCCAAACACUAGUGUACAUAAAGUAUUCUACUAUUAAAUGUGUUUUGCUCAACUAAUUUCUAACAACAGUCAAUAUUGAUAUAUACAUUAUAUAUAUAUUUGUAUACAUAAAUAUGUAUAUAUAUAUAUAACAUAUAUAUAUAUGCAUAUGUAUGUACAAAUAUAUAUUUAUAUAUACACCUAUACAUGUAUAUAUAUUUAUAUAUUACUAAAUAUAUAACCUAAAUAUUAGGAGUAUUUUAAGGUUUUUUUUAUGAUUUUUAUUUUUAUUAUUUUUGUGUGAAUAUUGUUUUAAGAUUUUAGAGUUUAGACUCACUUUAAAAUUGCAUUGUAUAUAAACCCCUCCCCUCCCAGUUAAAAUUAUAAAUAAAUAAAAAUAAGAAAAAAAAGAAGAAAAAAAUUGUUCUUUGGCUGUGAUCUCUGCAUUAAGGUUCACUGUUAUAAUUUUAUUGUAUUAUAGUAUUUUUUUUUUUUUUAAUGUAACAAGUGCAUAAUGUAUGUAUUUUAAAUUUAUUUCUAUUAGUUAUUAUUAUUGCAUAUUAAAUAAUAAUGAAUAAUAAAGAAAAACUCAAUGUUUAGAAAAAUAAACACUGUUUUUUAGU